AUGGCCACAUUCGUCACCACUCAACCUAGCGGUAUUCCAGCGCCCAGAUCAGUUGCUCAAAUGGCACUGGCAAUAAAAAUUACCAGGCAAUGUAUCAGUUUUUUAACUUUUGGAAUAAUUAUAAUCAUAGCUGGGGGUCUUGCCUUUAUUCCUCAAGUUGGCCAGUAUCUUCUUGGGAUUAGAACGUACUAUCAUUGUUUUUGGGCUGGAUUUUUGAUAAUCGUCAGUUGCUCAAUAGGUAUAGCCACUUAUAACAAUGGUGUCUACAGACGAAAAAUUGGUCCUGCCCAUGUUGCAUUCUCUGUUAUCGGCAGUCUGGCAGCAAUUGGAGGAAUAGUUAUUUCGUGCAUAAAUAUUAGCAAUCUUGUUAGGGUCAUCUCUUCAGGUCAUCCAGUUAUUAUUGGCUCUUUAGUUACAAAUAUCGUUGUCACGAUAUUUUACUCUAGCUACUUAGGUGUGGCUAUCUUCCAUUUUGUAGCUUUCGCUCGCGCUUCACGAUUGGAUACUACGGGAACAGCGAACCAGAUGCUGUCAAUGAAACAAAGCGUUGCAGUUCCUCAGCAAUCUGCAUAUGCCCCACAACCUCAAGCACAACCUCAAGUACAACAAGCACAACCUCAAGUACAACAAGCACAACCUUACACACAACAAGCGCAACCAUACGCACAGCAAGCGCAACCUUACAUACAACAAGCGCAACCUUACACACAACAAGCUCAACCUUACACACAACAAGCGCAACCUUACACACAACAAUAUUCGCAACAACCACAAACACUACCUACUUAUGAUCAAACGUCAUAUCCAGCACAUCGUUAG